AUGCUUAAUAUUGGUCUUUCUUGCAGGCUCAAUAGACAGGAGUUCGACGUUGGACAGCCUGUACUUCGCAAAAGUGGCUUCUCUUUCGGUUUACAGCUAUAUCAGUAUGCUAAUUGCCUUCAGCUUGAUCUCUCCAAUUUCACAACGACAGCCUCUGCAAACCUCGCAGGUGGCACGACUGGCGCAAAUCUUUCCGUACUCGGCGGGGCCCUCGAAGCAGCGAAACAGCAGCUGAACAUGUACGAUUACUAUACCUUAUAUUUGCGUGGAUACUGCGGCUGGAACGGUGAUGACCUGUACGCGAACUGCUCCUCUCCACAAACGAUCUUUUGGUUCGACGCCAUCUCGAUAUGGGGACUCGACUCAAACACUACAGGAACUGAGAUUGAGGAUCUCCUGCCCUCGUCCUUGAGGACCGGCUUGAACACGUAUGAGAAGGUUAGCAAGGCCAUGUCUAUAAUGUACAUCGUUGCUGUGGCAUCGACUGCCGCAACUGUCCUGGUGGGCAUUUCUGCCAUCUUCUCCAGAUGGGGUAGUUUUGCUACUACUAUCUUCGCGGCUGCUUCGAGUAUCUUCACACUCGUGGCUUCUGUUGUCGCGACGGCUUUGUUCUUCACAAUGAAAGGAGUGCUGAACGAGACACUUGAAGAGGAUUACGGCAUACGCGCUGAUGUUGGCAACAAGGGCUAUAUUGUCACCUGGGUUGCGACCGCAUUUGCUGUUGGUGCUGGGCUCUUCUGGCUGUUAUCCGUGUGCUGUUGCUCUGGAAGAUCGCCAUACAACCCAGGAUCGAAGGAUGCCCGAAGAACCAGAGCUGAAAAGACACCAUAUACAUAUGAAAGGGUUGGUAGUCCAUAUCUCGGACCUCAAGGAGGACAGGCAGUCCCACUGACAAACAUGGGGAGUGGCGCCCCGUCAGCUCAAAAACACACAGCGUAUGAGCCGUUCAGAUCACAAUAG